AUGUCUACUUCUUGGUCGGAGAUUCCUACAGAUCUCUUGAACUUAAUCUUAUCCAAGCUCUCGAUCCGCGACCUCAUUUGCUCCGCCGCCGUAUGCUCGCAUUGGUCUUCCGUGGUCGAUAAGGUCCGCCGCAGCCCCGGCGAUCAACGUCCUCAGAUCCCAUGGCUUGUGCCGGAAGAACAAUUCCUCAUAAAUGGAAAAUCUAACAAUCGAAACAACUACAACUUCUUCAGCUUAGCGGAGGGCCGCGUGUAUGAUAUCCCAAGCCCUUCUCGCAUCCUCAAGAAUGUCGUCGGAUCUUCCCAUGGUUGGCUCAUAACCGUCGGCAAGGCUAGUGUGCAGCUCCUGAACCCUAUCACCCGCGUGCAUAUCAACCUUCCUAAGUUCCCCACCGUGGACGGCCGGAAUUUGGAGGCCGUCAAGGCGGUGUUGUCCUCAGAUCCCUCCAGCGGUGGAGAUUACUUCGUCGCCUUUGUAUUCGACUGCCCUUCUAUGGAGGAAGAGUUUUUGUUCCUUCUUAAUGCAGAAGAUAAGAAGUGGAAGAUGAUAACUAUAGGUGAUUAUGAUUAUGACGAUGACUAUGACUAUGACUAUGAAUAUGACGACAUAGCCUUUCACGAGGGCAAGCUCUAUGCGGUGUUAGUAUCUGUAGAACUUGGCGAAGUCAUCGUAGCGGCGUAUGAUCUCAUCAUGCCGGAUUCGACUCCGACAUGGACGCCGGUGGUAGCUCUGCCAGACAUUGAUGUCACCUUCUACUUUCUUUGCGCGUCUUCCGAAGAUCUACUGCUCACACGGGCCGUGACGGAUGGACCUGUAGAAAAUUAUAUCAACAAAUUGGAGGUUUGGAAGGUGGAUACAGAGAAGUGCGUUGUCAACACAAUGAACAAUUUGGGAGAGUAUAGUCUAUUCUUGAGCGCGGCUUCUUCUCUUUGCAUUGAUACGUCUUCGUUGCCGGAUUUGAAGUCGAACUCCAUUUAUAUCUCUAUUGACUUGUAUGACAUUGGCAUUAGUGAUAACUUGGUUUACAGCAUGGAGGACGAAACCUACACCUCCUUGAGUUUGCCGCCAUUAUCUUCUCGAAAGCGACGGCGGUUCUGCAAGUAUUUGGGCGGGCGGUGGAAAGACAUUCCGCGUUAUUACUUUUUACCACGCACUGAAAAGCGAGUGCGGCCCAUCCUAGUUUGGUUUACACCCAGUAUUGCAUUGCAUGCUGAUCCAAUGGAAACUUAA